AGUGAUGAAGAGGAGGAGCAGCUGGUCUCGGUUCAGUCUGUCGCAACUUUUUCCUCUCUUUUGUUUCUCAGAUUCUGAUGGACCCUCGGCAGCUCACCGAACCGGGCCAAAGCGGGUCAAAGGCGGGAUAGGAGUGGGUCCGACUGGGAUCAGCGCGGUGCGGUUUUCCGCUGUGAAUCUGAACUCUGUUUGGAUCAGAACCGGAUCAUGAAUCGGUAGGACUGACUUCUCGGAACUUUUUCUGCCGUCUCCAUGGAGAUGACGGAUAUUCCCGCCAUCUAAGCAGUUGAUCACGUGCUGAUCAGGGAUCGAUAGCCUCAUUGAUCGUAUUGAUCGGGAUGGGCGCGCUCCCGUUGCUUUUGCUCGUGCUCUGGAUUUGCGAGCACGCCAGCAGCACGUUCCCGAUGCGCGCCUCCUACAGCCUGUACGCCGACGCGCACGCGCACGGAGCCCGCGCAGCCAGCAGACACAGGAACUGGUGCGCGUUCGUCCUCACGAAGACGGUGAGUUGCGUGGUGGAGGACGGCGUGGAGACCUACGUGAAGCCCGACUACCACCCGUGCAGCUGGGGCAGUGCCCAGUGCAGCCGGGUUGUGGUCUACCGGACCUACAUGAGGCCCCGCUACAAAGUGGCCUACAAAACCGUGACGGAGAUGGAGUGGAAGUGUUGCCAUGGUUACAGCGGAGAGGACUGCAGCGUCGGUCCGACUGGCAGAGCAGGAAGUCACACGUCCAACGGAGCGUGGACAGGAAGUGGUUCUGGAACCAGACAAAAUGGAGGACUACAGGACCGGGAGGAAAUCAGAAAGUUGGAGGAAAAGAUCCAGAGGCUGACAGAGAAGCUUCAGGAUUUCCAGUCCACCAUGAAUGAACACCUCCACCACGAACCUGUCAGACCCGGAAAAAACCCGGCAGACGCUGCGCCGCCUGAAAUCAAAGAGACGAUCCACAGCAUUCAGACCAAACUGGACCAGCUGGACAACCGAACCAAGGCUCAUGAUAAAACUCUGGUGACCAUUAACAACCACCUGGUGAACGGGAAGGGCAACGAUCUGGAUGGAGACGUUUCCCCUGGAGGACUGAGCAGAGAGCAGCUGAGCUCCCUGAAGGAGAGCAUCCUGAAGGAGCUGGAGCGCAGAGUGCUGCUGUCCUGCUCCUCCUGUCAGGCCGGCGUGGAGGACCUGCGGCGCCAGCAGCAACAGGACCAGGAGAGAAUCCGCGCUCUGGAGAAGCAGCUGAAUGACGCCGACGUUCGCCACCGACAGGACGCCGAAAAGCUUCGACUGGAGCUGCAGCAUUCCCAGAGAUGCUGCACCACCAUCAACGACCUGCAAAACCGCAUAACCGACGCCGAAAACAAGAUCAGCUCAGUCUCAGAGAACUUCAACGUCCUGCUGGACCGCCUGAGGCCCGGCAGCGACGGAGGAGAGUCCCAGGGAGGGGGAGGAGCCAGUGGAGGAGAAGAAGCUACUGCAGGGGGAGGAGCUACAGGCGGGGCAAUUGGAGGGGGAGGAGUUAGUGGAGGAGGUAGGGCUAGUGGAGGAGGCGAUGGUUUGACCGAUGUUCGGUUGAAUCUCCUGAAGGACUUGGAACUCCGCAUCAACAGCAGUGUUCUGCAGGUCUGCUCUCACCUGGAGGCCGACCUGAGGGAGUUUGUCCAGAGAGAGCUGGACGACCUGCGGACGGCGUUCUCACACCGCUUCGACGACCGCACCUUCAGGAUCGAAGACGUGGAGCUGGAGGUGGAACAGCUGCAGAGCAACCUGCUGGAGCAGGACAGGAGAAUGUCAGCGCUGGAGAACCAAACGGCCGAGACGAGGAGGAGGAUGGAGGAGUGCCACUGCACAGGUGGGGGAGGGGCUUCUGGAACAGGUGGAGGUGAAGGAGAAGAAAGAGGCGGAGACACUGGGGAAGGUAUCAAUGGAUCACAUGGAGGUGGAGCAGGAAGCGCUGGAUCAGGUGGAGGAACAGGUGGAGGUUUAUCUGGCGGGAGAGAAAACACGACCAAGAAAUCUCUGGAGUGGAGAGUUGUGGCCAAUGAGGGUCAGAUUCGACACUUCAACACUCGACUGAAGGACCUGUCGGUGUCUGGAGACUCCCUGCAUGACCGGGUUCUGGACUUGAGCCAUGACGUUCGGGCGAUCAAGUCGCUGACCGGUGACAACGGUGAGAACUUCAACCGCAUCGUGAUGGAGGUGGAGAUGUUGGGCCAGGACUGUGAGCUGUGCAGCCGCGUGGAGGCGGAGCUGCAGAACCUCCGGAAUCGGUCCCAGGACCUGAGUGCCAUGCAGGAGGCGCUGCAGAACCUGGAGAAUCGCGUCGGUUCCAUCCAGACCCGGCUGGACUUGGACGGCGGCGGCUGCAGCUGGGUCUGCUCGCCGCUGCAGGAUGAGGUCCGCUCGCUGCGAGACGAGGUCCGGAGAUGCUCGGAGCGCUGCAGUCCCGGUCCCGGUCCCGGUCCCGACUCCUUCACAGCAGGUGACGGUUCCACUGGCGGAGGCUUCGGGCCAAACCUGGACGCAGAGAAGCCUUUAGAUGGCCACAGCGUGAUUGGAGGAUUCUUCAACAGCAACCAGCUGAAGACGCUGCAGGACGAGCUCAGCGACAUCAUCUUCACCUUCGGCUCCAUCAACGACACGCUGAAGGGCCUGGAGCACAGCGUGCAGAAACACGGCAGCGUCAUCACCGACCUGGGAAACACCAAGGACAAGAUCAUCUCUGAGCUGGACAAGAUUCAGCAGGAAGUGACGGAGCACGUCCAGAGGAGCCAGGAGCGGCUGGACCGGACGGACCGGGACAUCCGCCGCCUCGAGAGCAUGCUGGUGGCGGAGAUGGGCGACUGCCGGCGUUCCGGAGACGGGCUGGAGAAGAGGCUGUCCAAGCUGGAGGGAGUCUGCGCCAGGCUGGACGACGUCUCCGACUCCAUCUCCAAGGUCAAAGAAGGCCUGAAUCACCACGUGUCGGGUUUGUGGAGCCACGUUUCCAACCUGAAUCAGACCCUCAUCCAACAUGGAGGAAUCCUGGACUCUGUUCAGAAGAACCAGGAGCGGGUCCAGAGCAGGGUGAAGAGCCUGAACUCCAGCCUGGCCCAGGUCCAGAAAGAGCUGCAGACUGGGCAGACUGGCCUUCCAGGGCCUCCAGGAGAGAAAGGCCUGAUGGGGCUGCCGGGCUCCCGGGGGCCCCCCGGACCUCCUGGGCUGAAAGGAGACGCCGGAUCCCGAGGAUUUCCAGGUCCUAAAGGUGAACCAGGUCUUCCAGGUGUGGACGCUCACAGACCCAGGCUGUCGUUCUCUGCAGGCCUCACCGCCCUGAAGGAAACGCCGGGAACCGUCGUCUUUAACAAGAUCUUCGUCAACGAGGGCAACUUCUACAACCCGGUGACAGGUGUUUUCACCGCCCCGGUGGACGGACACUACUACUUCAGCGCCGUCCUGACGGGACACAAGAACGAGAAGAUCGAAGCAGUUCUGGCCAAGUCCAACUACAGCGUGGCCCGGGUGGACUCGGGGGGGUACCAGCCCGAAGACCUGGAGGCCAAGCCGGUGGCCGAGUCAAAGGUCAGCAGCGGCUCGCUGGCCGUGUUCAGCCUGGUGCUGCCGCUGCAGCGCGGCGACACGGUGUGCGUGGACCUGGUGAGGGGGAGGCUGCCCCACUCCGUGGAGCCGCUCACCGUCUUCAACGGCAUGCUGCUGUAUGAAAACUUAUGAGCCUGGUGAGUCAGAGACCAGCCAGAGCCGCCCGAUCCGACCUGCGCAGCCCGCUGAGGAGGCCGAAAUAUUUCCCAUGAUCCUCCCUGCUCGACUGAGCAGGAGGGACUUUAAAUCUGCCUGUGUUCUGUCCAAUCAGCAGAGACCUUACCUGGUCACAUGACCCAAACUCCUCUGGAACCAGAACAUUAUAGUAAUGUUCUGCAUUAAUAUCCAGAUGUUUGUCCAGAAGGUGGCGUUGCAGAGCCGGACCUGGACUGAGGAUCUGAUUUAUGUCUGAUAAAAUGUUUGGAUGUUUUAUGGAAUAUUGUUGAUGCACUGCUGCGUUCAAUCAGUUCACCUCCUCUGACCUCUAACCCACGCCGUUACCAUGACAACGAUUAAGGCCACACCCCUACAAUGCCACACAGCAACACCCAACUUAUUAACGCUGAUAAAAGCAAACCUUAGUGGUGGGCACCGCUAGCUAAAAGGUUAGCAGCGCUAACUCUAAAGCACUAACCAUAAACAUUAGUUUCGCUAACGCUAACACGCUACACCAAUAUGAUAAUUUGUUGGAAGCUAAUGCUAAGCACUAAUUUCAACCCUGACCACACCCAUCAUGUGUCAAUGACACUUCCUUCUUGCUCAAUAAAGUUUCUUUAAAAUAAAAAGAAAAUGUGAGGAGAGGAAACUGAGCUGCAGCCUUCAAAAUAAGAGCACGAGUAUAAGUGUCUAACUACCAGAAAAAUUCAGAAGAGCCAACAACCAAAACUUCAACUCAAAUGUAAAACUUUAUUCAGGUAAACCAGGCCUGUAGAAUUUAUAUGAAAAAAAUUAUUUGGAGGAAGUAAGCACUUUCAAAGUUAGCAAAAAAGCUAAAGCACUAUACAACAAAUUAGUGCAUUAGCAGGUUAGCAUAAGUGUGCCCACUGUUGAUGAUCAUAAAUAUAAGAAAAAACAAAACUAUUUCAGGUCUAUGGUUGCUGCUCACUGGCCUUCAUUAAACCAGAGGUUUGGGUCCGUGUGUUUCGUUAAAAAUGGCCGCUAGGUUCUGCUGUGUGAGGACGGGAUAUCUGAUACAAAAUCACAGUCUUGUUUUGCUUUUAUGACACAUUAAGGAAUUCACUGAAUAAAAUAACAAUACUCUGUGAGCGCCCCCAAGAGGUCAGGUGAAUAUUAGCCAAAUUAAU